UUUGACAAUGAUCGAGGCCGUGAUCCUGAGUGCCCAGGUUCAGAGGCCAUUGUUCGCCAUGCCAUGGUCACCGAGAAGGAGGAGAUCAUGGGAUUCUUGUUAGGCCAAGUCGACGAAGGCGGCUCGAGACUCGUGAUCACGGGUUUGGAUGCCACGGUUCGAAGCGACCGAAAAUCGGAUCGCGUGGAAGUGUCGCCGGAACAGGCGGUGGCCAGUUCGGAAAAGGCCGAGCAAAUCGGAUUGAGAGUCCUGGGUUGGUACCACUCGCAUCCCCACAUCACGGUGUGGCCGUCCCACGUGGAUUUGCGAACCCAGUUCAGUAUGCAGCAAAUGGAUCGGGAUUUCGUGGGGAUCAUCUGCUCAGUCUUUUGUCGACUGGAUUUGAAUGACGCCUCCCAAAGCCAUCCGAAAAAGCGUCGGGCACUCAAUCCAAAGGGCGAACGUCGAGCUAUGCUGGCCCAGCAAGUCAAGAUGACGUGUUUUCAAGCAUCACGGGCGGAUGAUGGGUCUUUGGUGAAGCGGGACAUUCAGAUCGUAGUUCAGUCUCAUCAGCCCACCCCUAACCGAUGACAUGGCCGUGCAAUGUCAGGCCAUCUUGUACGCCGAGCUCGUUCAAGAGCGUCAAGAUCGACUCGAGAAGUUGAAUCGC